AUGGCUGAAGUUCUAACUUUCGUUCUUAUCGGCUGUUUGAUGCAGGGUGUCCGGUGUGGAAGCUGGUACGUCUCUAUUCCGCAAAAUGCAGAGGUCAUGGUUGGAUCCUUGUUGACCAUCCCCUGCUCCUUUGACAUAGAGAGUCGAUACAAUAAUGACCUUAAUUCUGACUGCAAAGCAUUGUGGGAAACUGAAAAUGAGAACGUUGGCAAAGAUUUAAAGCUAACUACAACUAUUGAAACAACAGGAGAUUUAACAAAGAAAAACUGCACCACAACCUUCAACAACUUGUGCCCUCAUCACUCUGAUACAUAUUACUUCAGACUGGAUUGUCCCUAUCGCCUGAAAUAUACGUAUACAGAUAGAGCUGUGACUAUUGCAGUAAAAGAGAAUCCUCGCACGCCGACUCUGAACCCGUCCACACUGGAAGUGAAGGAGGGAACCUCAGUGAGUCUGAGCUGCUCUGCUCCGGCUGCCUGUCUGUCUCAUCCUCCAACUCUGACGUGGAUCUCCACCCUGGAAGACAGUCAGAGGACACUGCAGGAUAAUCAGGACAAAACUAAAGUAGUGACUUCUGUUCUGAGCUUCACUGCUUCUCACCUCCAUCACAGAAAGAAAUUUUCCUGCACAGCCGUCUACAGGAAACCAGAUGGACGUCCUGAUGAACCUGUUACCAAAAGUUUAACAGCUGAUAUUUCAUAUUCACCUAAAGACAUCAACAUUUCUGUCAGUCCAUCUGGUCCAGUACUAGAGAACACAAAUGUGACUCUGAGAUGCAGUAGUGAUGCCAACCCUCAGAGCUACACCUGUUCCUCCCCAGAUCCUGCUCUCAUCUGGCUGCACCAAAACUGCAGACCAGCUCAACUGUUCCUGUGA